AUGAAUGAGGGCGAAGCAAACAGGCUAGUUACUACGAGCGGGCACAUCCAUGUGGAUCAGGGCCAUAUUCUGGAGGAAAUCGAUGAUGCAGUUCAGUCUUUGAAUGCAUUUGAAGGUCGCAUUAAGAAUGAACUAAACAACACAGGAUCGAAGUCUCAGAAUGAAGGAGAACAUGAGGAUGAGCCCUCGUCCAAAAGAAGAAACAUUACUCAAUGCGAGCAAAGCUUAACACCAAUUGCUGAAAGCACCUUGAGACAAUAUCACGAAGCUAAGAGCAGAGUGCGUGAUUUUUAUAAAGAACAGCAUGAAAACCAGACAGUGUCCUAUAAUCUGCAAGCUAGGAUCAACUAUAAAACUCGAAUAAGAGCUCGAAUGACUAUAUGGGAUGCGCUCUGUAAACUAUCAAAGCUUAUUGAUGAUUCUGAUCCUGAUACUGAACUGUCACAGAUUGACCAUGCGCUUCAAACAGCAGAGGCGAUUAGAGCAGACGGGAAGCCCAGAUGGAUGCAACUUGUUGGACUAAUUCAUGAUCUAGGCAAGAUAUUGUACUUCUUUGAAAGUGAAGGGCAGUGGGACGUGGUUGGAGACACUUUCCCUGUGGGAUGCAAGUUUUCUGACGCUAUCAUAUUCCAUGAGUUUUUCGAAGCUAACCCAGAUAGCAGACAUCCUAUCUAUUCCCAGGAGUUAGGAAUAUAUGAAAAGAACUGUGGGCUAGACUCAGUCAUGAUUUCUUGGGGACAUGACGAAUAUAUGUACUAUAUCGCCAAAGGGCAAUCCACGCUUAAAGAAGAGGCAUUAGCUAUGAUCCGGUAUCAUUCCUUUUACCCAUGGCACAGAGAAAAUGCAUACCGAUAUCUAAUGAAUGAAAACGAUUACCGUAUGUUGAAAGCUGUCCAAGAAUUUAAUCAGUACGAUCUAUAUUCCAAACAAAAUGAGAAAAUCAUCAAGAGUGAUGAAUUAAAGCUUUACUAUAUGGAACUGAUAGACGAGUACUUCCCCAAAAAGAUCAUAGAAUUUUAG